CGUUCGUCACCGCAUGUACAUACCAGGUCCAGAGGUAGGCAAUCAAUCUCAUGCAAAUGUAUGUUCGCUCCAUGUCGAAAUAAUACUGCAAUUUUGUGAUUUUUAUUUUUUGGUAUGCAGGUGCACUUUAGCUUUGUUUUUCAUUUACAUGGAAAUUUACAUUAAUUAGCAUCCGAUUAUCCUUUAUACAGGGUCAAACCGAAAAAGAGGUAGAGGAUGAAAUAACAGCGAUGCCCCAAUUCCCCCGCUUCACAAAUCUGACCGUAAGAUUUUACUCAAAAAAAGGCAGCCACUUCAGAGCAAUUGCGACCGGUCUCCUACAGCGAUGCAGCAAUCUCCGGUAUCUCCACCUAGACGUUCACCUGCAUGGUCAAAGUGAGAAGGACUACAACACCGGCGGCCUCUCCAGCGGCUGGAAAAAUGGGGUGGUCUCGUUGAAGUACCUGCGUGAGGUGGAGUUCAGCGGCUUCUCGGGGCAGGGGUACUGCUUCGACUUGGUGCAGCUGCUGCUCGUGAGCGCUCCGGCGUUGGAGAGAAUGCUCUUGACUAUGCAGCCACCUGAAGAAGGCUGCCGGCGCCCAACAAUUGACUUGGAAUUAUUGAAGUCGAGGCUUCCACGUGGUAUGGGGAAGUGGACCACUCGCCCAACCGCUAAUGCGGAAGCAAUGGAGUGGACGCCAGAUUCGUCGAUGCCCAAGGUUGGGCAGGAGAUGCACGAACUGCAAGCUUGUAGCUUUCUGAUAAACAUUUUUACAUGCAUUGUGAACUAAAAAAAAUGGAUGCAUGUGAAAUAUUUAAUAAGGAAAAGUUGUAAAUAAGUUAAUUUUCGAUUGGAAACUUUUCGCACCUUAGGUGGCGAGGUCGGUGCUCCAAAUGAAGGUUCGUGAUUUGGAAAAUAUUGAUGUGUAAAUUGUCUCGGCACAUGCUACAGGCGCAUUCUUGUUUAAAUCGCGA